AUGCCUUGUACACUUGGGCCACGACAGCGGGAGAAGAAGAGCCGAGAAGGAGAACUGUGUUUGAGCUGUGCCAGAACCGACCGAUUAAAAUCAUACGUCACAAUACCUAGUAGAGAAGAUUGGAUAAAUGGACUGACAAGUAUUCUAGCUGACUGUGAAGUCUGGUACACAGAUGGAUCAAAAGGCGGGAAUGGAGUUGGUGCAGGAAUCUAUCAUGUAACCUCCCAAGUGGGACACUCCUUUAAGUUGGGGACCACUGUUACUGUGUUACAAGCCGAAAUUGUGGCAAUAUUUUAUGGUGCUGUUGAAGCCUUGAAAAAUUGUCACAACAAAGAUAUUUUUAUCCUUUCGGAUAGCAAGGCGGUAAUUUUCUCCUUGAAACGAUACGUAUUAACAUCACGGCUGGUCGGUGAUUGUCAUGAAGCACUUAACAAACUAGCUGAAACGAACCGCGUUACCCUCCUGUGCAUCCUUGGUCACAGUGGAUUCGCGGGAAACGAUAGGGCGGAUGAGCUAGCCACAGAAGGGUCUAGAAAACAACUUAUUGGACCUGAACCUCCCAUUGGUGUUUCCAACAAAUGCCUGACACGGGAAAUUAAACAGUGGAUAGCUGCGGAACACCAAAGGGAAUGGCAGGUAACUAAGGGCUGUAGACAAGCCAAGGUACUCAUGGGAAGUAGUAUUAACCCUAUGAGGAAAGCGGAAUUCCGCAAAUUAAAUAGAAAAGAGGCAAAGAUCAUAACAGGGCUAUUAACUGGCCAUGGUGAUCUGCGCUAUCAUAGGCACAAAAUGGGGAUCCUAGACGACCCGAAGUGCCGUAGGUGUGGAGAGGAAUAUGAAACCCCGAUACACAUCUUGUGUCACUGCCCUGCACUUGUGAAGGAGCGGGAACACAUUACGGGCUACUUCUUUCUGGGGGAGACCGUUAUUGCUACCAGAAACCUGGCCGAAGUCCUCCUGUUAUGGAAAGGACUUCGGAUAUAG